ACUAGACCGGGAUAGAUAUUUUUUUGGCCGUGACAACGCGCAUCCCUUUUUGCGAACGAUCCGCCGUGAUAUUCUUCAACAGAAUCUUGGCCCCCUCUGCAGUGUUUCGAGGUACAGUGGCGCCAAUACUGCCGGCGACGAAUGGUAUUGAGCCGUGCAGUACUCAUGACAGUGGAUGAUACAACAUGUCUAAUUGCUUCGCCUCAGCCCAUAGUUAUCAUAUCCGAAGAUCUCUCAAGCUUGCGCGGUCAUUGGGCGGUCCCUAAUUCAUGAGGAAUUCUCUUGCCCAAUGCAACUAUUGCACGCGGUAUCCAUAUGCAGGUCGAAGAAGUUGUUGGCACAAGCGAUGUGCUGCCAACUACAACAUCGGUGUACCGUUGCAUCUACGGUCACAUGACGAGAGCGACACCGAAACUGUGAUACGCCCCCUUGCGGAUCGCGUGGCCCUCAGGGAUGGAUCAAACUCCAGCUUGAGCCUGAUGCCUGAAUGUUGCAAAUCUAGGUGGGAAAUGCCAUCAAGCAGCCAAGGGGGUUCUGGUGUGCGAGGACUGUCAAGCGGUCAAAGCGUAACUCACAUGGUUGAACAAACUUUCGUCGCAAGGUCGAUGAAUGUUGAUCUCGAUGCCCAACCACAACCAUGGACGGCGUUUCCGACUUCGAUCUCUAUUGAGGACGGCACAAUGCCUUGUUCUGAUAGUGUACCCCUAAAUAUCUCCGCCGGCCUAGUGUCGCCGCCAGAGGCAAAAUUUUCGUGUUCCAGUUCACACACAGCGGGCGCCGAAAAGGGGGUUCUGUUACGUUGCAGUGCAGGCCAUGCUCAGUGUCAACAGCUGAGGUGGGCAGCAAGAGCAAGAUUCUGUAUUGUCCAGAUUUUCAGAGGCUCAGGGCUCACGAAACUGACUUUUCUUUUCUUGCAAGGGAGUCAAGCCGAUCUCCGAUUUCCGAUUUCAACCAAAGCCCUGGUCGAGAUGCGCCAAGCUGGAUUGAGAUUCCCUUUUGUUUGUGUGUUGGGGUCCUGGGGUUUGCCCUCAUCGGCUUUCAGAACUGCUUCUGAUGCGUAUCCUAGGACAUUGUAGUUUUCUCACAGUUGGCGAAUAUGACGAGCUACGAAAUCAGAAUGGGCGCGAUCUCGUACGAUUGUGUCCAGCAAUAAAAUCCAGCUUGACGACUGACGGAACAUGUUUGCUGAGUCUGUCGCUACAUUCCGAUCUCAGCCGCAAGAAUAGAGUCUGAACCCUUCACUGAAGCUCUCCGGGAGCGGGUGAAGUUAUCGGGCGACAUGCCGGAUGAGACCCCCACACCGGUAACCGGACGCCCAGAUCCAUACCCACCUCCAUUCCGGUCCGGUGCGUCGUAUGCAACCUCAAGUCAGAAUAGGGCACCUAGUUGAGUAUGAAAAGCGGUCAGAGUGUAUUACUUAAGCUUAGUAAGCCCGCGCUCGUGAGACUCAGGCGGUGUUCUCAACCUUCAUGCCAGAACAUGUGUCUUCAUAACGACAGAACUUGGUUAGGACGGCGAUUCACGGGUCUUUAUUGUUCUCAUACUUCGAUAUGAUGUCGUCUUCAAG